AUUAACCUCCCAAUUAAAAAAAUAUAUAUAUCCUCCCACAUUAUCAGACAUACACACCGAGGCAUCACCAAAAUUUUAAUAUAGCACAUAUCUUUCCUACUUCAAUACUCACUCCUCCGAUGCCCAAUUUAAAAUUCCACGGCAGCGCCGAAUUCAUCGGCGCCGCCGCCGCCGCCGCCGCCGCUGCCGCCUUUGUCCUCCUCCUCUUUCUUCUCCCGGCGCCCUCGGCCGCGCAAUCCCCCGCGUCCACGGACGGCUUCAAUUGCUCGGCGAACCAGAGCGUGUACCCGUGCCAGGCCUACGCGCUCUUCCGCGCCGGCAUCGCCUCGUCGCCGGUCGACCUCGCGUCCGUCGGCGACCUCUUCGGGGUGAGCCGCCUGAUGGUCGCCCGCGCCAGCAACCUCUCCGUCUCGUCCGUCCCCUCCGUGGGCGAGCCCCUCCUCGUCCCGAUGACCUGCUCCUGCCCCUCCUCCUUCCAAUUCAACCAAUCCUACUUCCCCGUCCAGUACCAGAUCAACGAGGGCGACACCUACUACGCCGUCUCCACCGCCAAGUUCCAGAACCUCACCCUCUACCCUGCCGUCGAGGUCGUCAACCCCACCCUCGUCCCCACCAAUCUCACCAUCGGCGUCUUCGUCACCUUCCCCAUCUUCUGCCGAUGCCCCAAUUCCUCCGCCUCCGCCGCCCUCGUCACCUACGUCUACCAACCCUCCGACACCUACGCCUCCGUCGCCGCCGCCUUCGGCACCGACGUCGCGUCCCUCGCCGCGCUCAACGGCCCGGAGAGCGCGCUCUCGCCCUACGCCGUCAUCACCGUCCCCUCGCCGCUCUUCGUCGAGAGGAAGGGUCGGGGCGCGGCGAUCGCGGGGUUGGCGGCGGGGUUGGGGGUUUUGGGGCUGAUUUGCGUGGUGCUGGGGUUCCUGUUGGCUAGGGCUUGGUGGGGGGAGGAAGCUUCUAGAAGGAGAGGGGGCGCGGGUAGGGGGGCGAAUGUGGGGAAGGGGGAUGAGGCGCGAGGGGGCGGCGCGGGGGGAGAGGCGAAGCUGAUGACGGAUAUAUCGGAUUUGUUGGAUAAGUACAGGGUCUUCGGGAUCGAGGAGCUGCGGCGCGCCACCAGCGACUUCGACGAGAGCCGUUUGAUCCAGGGCUCCGUCUACAAGGGCGUGAUCGACGGCGAGGUCCUCGCCGUUAAGAAGAUGAAGUGGAACGCCUCCCACGAGCUCCGGAUCCUCCAAAAGGUGAACCAUACCAACCUGGUGAAGCUAGAGGGGUUCUGCAUCGACUCCACGGAGGGCACCUGCUACCUGGUGUACGAGCACGUCGAGAACGGCUCUCUGUCCAAGUGGCUGCGCGACCGCGACGCCGCCCGCAAGCUGAACUGGCGCGCCCGCCUCCGCAUCGCCCUCGACCUGGCCUACGGCCUCCAGUACAUCCACGAGCACACGUGGCCCCGUGUCGUCCACAAGGACAUCAAGAGCAGCAACGUCCUCCUCGACGCCAAGUUCCGCGCCAAGAUAGCCAACUUCGGCCUCGCAAAGACCGGCUGCAAUGCCGUCACCACCCACAUCGUCGGCACCCAAGGAUACAUUGCACCGGAGUACUUGUCCGACGGGCUUGUCACGACCAAGAUGGACGUGUUCGCGUACGGCGUGGUGCUUCUCGAGCUGGUGUCGGGAAGGGAGGCGGUGAGCGAGGACGGGGAGGCGCUGUGGGUGGAGGCGGAGGCGUUCUUCGGGCAGCGGCACGGGGUGAAGGAGGCACGGGUGAUGGCUUGGAUGGACGCCGCGCUGGCGGAGCAGUCGUGCCCGCCGGAGAGCGUCGUCAGCAUCGUGAACGUCGCCCGCGCCUGCCUGCACAAGGAACCGUCGAAAAGGCCCACCAUGGUGGAAGUCGCAUACACGCUGUCCAAGGCCGACGAGAUGUUCUCCGAUUUCUCCGGGGAUAGUCUCGGCGUUCCUGAUGUCGCGGCGAGGUGAACACAUUGUAUCUAGCCAUGAUCCAGAUGGUUUUACUCUACGCAUUCCGUUAUUUCCGUUUCACUCAACUUUUACGAAAGAUUAAUUAUAUGUAAAUAUUUAAUUAUGGUACAUAUAGAGAGUUUUCAUUUUGGAAUAAAUAGUGUAUAGGUCUAAUGUGGCGUAUGGUCAAAAUAAUAGAGCCUUCCUGUAACUGGGGGAGAUAUGUAUAGGGAUAAGCUUAAAAUGGGAGAGCUUGAACUCACUUGUAGAUGUUGUCGUUGUAAUGGCUUUCAAUAAUAAUUUCGGCUCUAUUUCAUAA